AUGUCGCAAACCAAACCCUAUAUUGUAUUAGUUCCCGGAGCAUGGCACACGCCAGUUCACUAUCAGGAGCUGACAGCCCUUCUCGAAGAAGCUGGAUACCCGGUCAAGACGACAAAACUCCCAAGCGUCGCAUCGAACCAGCUGAACAAGGAGUCGGUAGUGCGAGAUUCGAAUACUAUCCGCGAGAAGCUGUUGCUUCCCUUGCUCGAUGAGGGGAAAGAUGUCAUCUUACUUAUGCACUCGUACGGUGGCUGCCCUGGAGCUGCAGCUGCUAAAGGAUUAGGUAAAACAGAGAGGAAGACUGGCAGAAGCAUCAUUGGACUCGUCUUUCUUGCUGCAUUCCUGGCCAGGGAAGGAAAUUCGCUUCUUAGUGCUCUCCAUGGCAAGUUUGAUCGGUGGGUUGUGAUCAAUGACGAAACUGGACAAUUGGAUGUUGAGAAUCCAAUCCAGGUCUUUUAUCAUGAUGUGCCUAGAGACAAAGCAUCUAUAGCGGCCAAGGAGAUCAAACUCCAUUCAAAAGCUUCAUUAUCAACACCCAGUACACCCAGUGCUUGGGGUGAUAGUGACUUUGACGGCCGCCGCGCCUAUAUCCGUGCUCUCGACGAUCGUGCUAUUUUACCGGUUACUCAAGAAAUGAUGCUGAAGUACAGUGGCGUGGAAUGGAAGGUCAGGGAAAUGAACACCAGCCACAGCCCGUUCCUCCCCAGACCGCGUGAAACAGCAGAUAUAAUCUUGGAUAUUAUAUCUGAACUCUAG